AUGUCGCAAGAAACGAAGACGCAACACCGCGCUGGUGUUUGCCUGAUAGCCGAUGGUGGAUAUGGCUCGGAUGAAUUCGGACAGGACUCGCCGAGAUACACGUCGCCGAAGAGUGCCCUUUACACGGAUUCCUAUUACAUCGAUGGUAAUACUACAGGAACCGGUCCCGGUGACCCAUGGACGGGUAGCGGCGGUGGUGUCCAGCCCCCAUACAGUGGAUAUGCACCCUCUCACCUGGCGCAGCCAGCCUAUCCCAUGCACCUACCCCACGACCCCAUGGCAUACUCAGCGAUGUCGCCGAAUGGUGAAUCUGCAGCGCCGAUUCUGGGCUCGGCGGUGACCAGUGCGGCUUCCCUGCCGCCAAUGUCGACAUUCCGGGGUAGUGCCGCGGUCGCGGCAAACAGCGGCACAGGGGCGCCGUCGCCGGCAUCGUUGCAAUAUAGCCAUAGUCCUGGUGCACCGACGACCGCGCCUUCCGCGCCCAACACUGCGCCCACGACGAACCAGCAAUCCACCACGGACGACACCCUCGGCAAGACCCUCGCAUCCGUCGUGAGUACUCGAAUUUAUCCUACGGACCAAUCAGUAUCCAGUUAUAGCAGUAAUCCAUCUACGCCCGUCAGUUCGCCACCACCUUUAACCGGUUCGGCACCAGGUUGGGCACCUGGAGCCGCACCAGUAUCUCCGCAUUUUACGGCGGAUCCCAAUCGUGGUAUUCACAUGCCGGCGCCUGAACAGCAGAGGCUAGACGAUGCCAUCGGCUUCCUUCGCGACCACGCCGAGGGGGCACGAAUGGAGGAGCGGUUAGACGAUGCCAUAAACGUACUGAGGAAUCACGCCGAAAGUCAAGUAGCCCUUCAUCUUGGUCCAGUUGGUCCACACGGCGGGAUAUACUCGCAUACAUCACCCCCGCAGUUAGAACAUUUGGCAAGUCCACAUCCUGCGGUAACGGUGACGCAACCUCAGGGUUCCUAUCCCGGUCUUACGCCUACGCCCGACACAGAUGGUUCCAUCAAGAUCGAAAGGUUACCUGUGACGAAUGCCAAAUACAUCCCCUUAGAAAAAAGGAAAGAUCCGCCCGACAGUAGCGGCGGCGAGACGAAGCCAUCAAGCAGUGAACUCGCAGCGGCCGGUGUAAUCGGGGCUGCUACGGUUAACUCGACGUCGCAAGGAAAAGGAACGAAACGAUCGCGUAGAUAUUCGAGCGCCGAUGAAGACUGUGACGAUCCUGGCACCAAAGCGGUGCGCGAGAAAGAACGUCGCCAGGCCAACAACGUGCGUGAAAGGAUACGUAUCAGAGAUAUCAAUGAGGCUCUAAAGGAACUUGGCAGAAUGUGUAUGACACACCUAAAGACGGACAAACCUCAAACGAAGCUCGGUAUUCUCAACAUGGCUGUUGAAGUUAUAAUGACACUCGAACAACAAGUCAGAGAGCGGAAUCUUAAUCCGAAGGCUGCGUGUUUAAAAAGAAGAGAAGAGGAGAAAGCCGAGGAUGGUCCGAAAUUACCAGGCCAUCUUGCAGCGCACAUAGCACAUCCGCAUUCUCAUCCACACGCGCACUCUCAACCGCCCUUUCCCGCAUUACCUGGCCCACAACCUUCCCUUCAGCACAAUCCACCACAGCCGCAGUAGCAGCGGCUCAGUGGCGGUAUCAUUCUGUGUUAAGGGGUAGAUACAUCUUAAAAUCAAUAAAACACAAGUUUAUGAACAUGACUUACAUACCUAUAUAGGAUUUUUUUCGGCUCUUAUAAGUUGUAGGAAUGUGCAAAAAAUUGUGGAUAUUAUGUGGUACGUUAUAUUAGAAGAAAGAAAAGAAGAGGAGAGAUA